CCACCUCUUAUGUAUAGGGAAUCUUGGGAGCUACAAGGCUAGCAUAGGGAUUAACUUGGACAGAUGGAGAAGUCCGCCUAAACUGGCGGUUUACAACCCCAAAUGACUUCUCUAUCGUCCAUCGAUGCUAGUUCUUCGCUCUACCAGCCAGCCCAAUUAUUGAACUGGGUAUAUUUGACUUUAACUGAUCAACCUCCGUCCAAUGAUCAAUCCAAAUAUGGUAUGCCUCCAGUUUAUAAUACUAUGCAACAGUCUCCCAAUUAUACUGGAUAUACAAACGGGAGUUAUAAUGGUCAAAUAGGACCUAGCAAUAUUAACGAUUUAUCUGACCUUUUUUCGGAUUUGAACUUAGGAUUCGAACGAAAACCUUUAAAAAAACCUCCUCCUAAUUAUUUAUGCCACUUGUGUUUUAAGAAAGGACAUUAUAUAAAAGAUUGUCCGCAGGCUAGGCCCAAAGGAGAAGGCCUGACGCCAUAUCAAGGCAAAAAACGUUGCUUCGGUGAGUACAAAUGUCCAAAAUGUAAACGGAAGUGGAUGAGUGGCAACAGCUGGGCCAAUAUGGGUCAAGAGUGUAUCAAAUGUCAUAUCAACGUCUACCCUCACAAACAGCGUCCCUUAGAAAAACCGGACGGUCUUGACGUUUCGGACCAAAGCAAAGAACAUCCUCAACAUUUAUGCGAAAAAUGUAAAACAGUUGGUUAUUAUUGUCGUCGUGUUCAAUAAUAUUCAUCGUCUUCAGCAUCUAGUCACAUAAAUAAUGUAAAUUGUUCCAACUAUAUCAAUUCUUAAAUGAAAUUAAUCAAUUUAGGCACUAUUUUACAUUUCCACGAUAAAAAAAAACACUUGAUUUUUUGUAAAAAUUUCAGUAAUUUAAGAUUUUUUUGGUGUUAUUAGAACUAAUUUGGCAAACUGCUCGAAUUUGUAACAUUGCCAAAACGUUAGUUGAUUUCUCAUAGCUGUGUUCUAUUUGCAGUGGAAUUUGACCGACUCUCUUGUUGGAUGCUCAUUUUCAUAUACAUUCUUAGGGAUGGUGGUUUUCCCUAUUAACUAAUGCGUUAAUUAACCUUAUUAGACAUUCUAUCUUAUAUCCCUGUCAUAUUUAUGAGUACAAAUUGUGUCAAACCAUUGCCAUUCUAUGAAGUAAAACAAUAUGAGCUCUUGUUUGAAAUUUUUUUAAAAUAUAUUUUUACAUUUAGAAAAAACAAUUAAUUUUAAAAAGUAAUGUAUAAAAUUAUGUAAACAAGUGCCUUAAUUAAGAAAUAAAUAAUUAAUAAAAAAAAUAGGUUGUGCUCAAAAAUGGCGGAUAUAUACUGUAUGUAUUGUGCCUUUGUCCAUUUCUGCAAGAUUUUAACAAAAAAACCUGAAGAAAACUCGUGUCUUUUUAGAAUAUAUUUUACUUAAAAUAUAUUAAAAAAAUCAAGCUUAAUUAAUAUAAAUAUAUAUAAAUUUUGAUUUUAUUUAAAUGUAUCACUGGUUUUAUAGUGUUAAUUUAAUUGGCAUUUAGUUGUAUAAUUUUCAAGUUUUAAAUGAGUUGUAAAAUAUCAUGAAAUAUUGCAAGAAGUUUUGCUUAAAAAAAUUUUUUUUGUGCAAACUUUUAAUAUUGGUUCAACUUUUUUUUGUAUA